AUGAUUAUUCCAAAGACAAGACAUCAAGAAGACUCGCUGUCUUCCGAGCCCGAUACGACAAGUCUGCGGUGCAGUAAGAAAAUGGAAAUGACAGCGAUGAAGUUCUUUUGUGAGUCGAGUCCGCGGCGUAUCAAGGUUGCAGUUUCUAGUAACAAUGACGUUCGGGGCAUGUCCUCGGGUGCUAAAAGAAAUAAACCACACUGCGCUACAUUUACAGUAGCCACCCCCGCCCCCGCGCCCGCCCCCGCUCCCGCGCCCGCGUCGCUCCACUGCGCUUCGCUUCAAAAUUCCCGCUACCUGAAAAGAUAUAUUCUAAAUGGAUUUAAACCGAGUGGCAUUGCCGACAUGCUCCGAAUGUUCACAGGCGACUGUAGAGCGCACGCCGCCGCCGCCGCCGCCGCCGCCCCGUCGCUUGCACGCGAACCCGCAAAAACUGAGCACGCGAUGCAAACACAGUUCUAA